UUGGUGCGGGACGUGGCGGCGGAGCGGAGGGAGGGCGGCAGCGGAGCCAUGACCCGCGGGAACCAGCGCGAACUGGCGCGGCAGAAGAACCUGAAGAAGCAGAGCGACUCGGGCAAGGGCAAGCGGCGGGACGACGGGCUCUCGGCCGCCGCCCGCAAGCAGAGGGACUCGGAGAUCAUGCAGCAGAAGCAGAAGAAGGCCGACGAGAAGAAGGAGGGCACCAAGUAGGCCGCGGCCGGGCCGGCAGCAGCAGGAUGCCCAGCGCAGCCCCGGGGCCGCGCCGCCCCGGCUCUCCCUGCGCCCACCUUGGGCCUGCCUCCUAUUAAAGUAGCUCGUGGAGCCCUGCAG